GCAGGGGCGUGGCCCUGAGUGAGGCGAGGGAGAGGGAGCGGGCCAGUGGAGGAGGGCGUCGCUGCCGCUGCCGCCGCUGCCAGGGGCGCCAUGGUGCUGGAGAGCUUCGCCCGCAUCGUCAAGGUCCAGCUGCCCGCCUACCUCAAGCGCCUCCCGCUCCCGGAGAGCAUCGGGGGAUUCCUCCGCCUGACAGUUUCAGAAUGGCUACGACUAUUGCCUUUUCUGGGUGUCCUUGCUCUACUUGGGUAUCUUGCUAUUCGUCCAUUCCUUCCCAAGAAGAAACAGCAGAAGGAUAGCUUGAUUAAUCUCAAGAUCCAGAAGGAGAAUCCCAAAGUAGUGAAUGAAAUCAACAUUGAGGACUUGUGUCACACUAAAGCAGUGUACUGCAGAUGUUGGCGCUCAAAAACGUUCCCUGUCUGUGAUGGCUCUCACAAUAAGCAUAACGAAUCAACAGGAGACAACGUGGGUCCAUUAAUACUCAAGAAGAAAGAAGUCUAGCAAACAUUCAUCUGAACCAUGACUGAAGGGAAGUCUACUUACACCCUUGUGGCAGCACUUUCAGUCUGAUAAUUGCUGUAGACUUGUUUUUUGAUAUCUUUUGAAGUUAUCUUAGAUUUAUAGACUGUGAGAGACAAGCAGUGAUACUUAACAUAACAGUGGUGCAGGAUGGACCCAUACACAUCUAUGUAAAUCAGUGCAUUCUAUUUUCAUAACAAAGUUCCCAGAGAUGAAGGUUCUCAUAGUUGAAAUCUAACCUGUAAUAAAAAGUAACCCAAAACUGUGGUCAUGGGAAUAACUUCUACAUAUGAUAGAAAGUAGCAGAUCUGUGUCUCCAAGGCCUUGGACAAGGCUCCAAACCUUGGCUGGAGAGAUCAGAUGCCAGACAUACACUUGCUUGACCUCUCAUCCCAGAUCUAAAUUCCAGUGUGAGUGGCAUAUGUUGGGGGUGGGGUGGCAGGCAGACAGGGAGAGGAUGUGAUAUUUGUUGUAAAAACAGCCCUUUUAGUCCCCAGUCAUUCCCCUGAUUUGGGGGAAGAUGGUACUGGAAAUACUUGAACACCCUUCUCUUUUACUGCUUGCAAUAGAAGAAGUUUUUGAAUUUUUUUAAAAAAAGUCUUGCGUAAAGAAAAACAGCUGAAAAUAUGCUCUUUGUUUUUGUUCUGCUGGCAAGUGCCUGGCAAGGCUUUGGAGAGAUCAGAGCUUCUGAGAUCAGAGUUGUUAUCUGUUGGCCUUCUCACGUUUAGGAUUGCUCUCUUAAAAGGUCAUAUAGAUGAGUCUUUUUUUCUUAUUGACACAUCUGCACUACAGAUUUGAAGAGACUUUUAAAAAGCAGUUUAACUGCUGUGUUUGGAGGCUGCUGAGAAUUUAUUUUUCUUAUUGCUAUCAUGGCUUAUUAGCAUGGUCCUUUCACAAUUGAAUACAGCCUUGCUUUGUCAUACUUGGUUUAAGGAUCUGCAAAUAAGCCCAGUUUCUCCCCUGAAUAUUAUAUUACAACAUGAACAGAUCAGGUUUAGUGUAGAGAGAUAAACAGAAAUCCUUGACUGAGUAUGGUUAAAACUUGCAAAUUGAUUUACAUUUCCACUAUACAUUUUUCUUUAGUGCCUGUGUAUAUUCUGAUUUUCAAAAGCAAUACAGAUUGUGCAUUCAUAA